AGUUAGACGCCAGAUAAGAUAUUGAUCAGUCUUGUCAGGUGAGUGUCAGCCACCCUGAUUUCAUUUCCAGAAGAUAGACCUGCACCAGGUGAGCAUGACACACCUCCAGAUCCCCAGCUAUAAAUACAGCAGCACUAGAGCUUCACUCAACAGAUCAUCUCUUCUCAUCUCUCCUACUUCACCAUGGGGAACUUCGUUGACUGCUGCCGAGGUUUCUGGUGCGGGGCCAAGAACCCUAACGUCCGGAUCAGCCUGCCUGGGGUCUGCUUCGUGUGGCAGAUCGCCAUGAUCAUCCUGUUCGGACUGUUUGUGCGUUACGAUGAAGAAUCGGAUGCGCACUGGUCUGAGCACAGACGUGAGGAGAACAUCACGAGCGACAUUGAGAACGACUUCUACUACAGAUACCCAAGUUUCCAGGAUGUACAUGUGAUGAUCUUUGUGGGUUUCGGCUUUCUCAUGACCUUCAUGAAGCGCUACAGCUUCGGCGGGGUGGGAUUCAACUUUCUUAUCGGUGCCUUUGGUCUGCAGUGGGCUCUACUCAUGCAGGGCUGGUUCCACUUUCUGGACCCGGUUGACGGCAAAAUCAAGAUCGGGGUUGAGAAUAUCAUCAAUGCUGAUUUCUGUGUGGCGGGAUGUCUCAUUGCAUAUGGAGCUCUCCUGGGAAAAGUCAGUCCCGUUCAACUGAUGAUCUUGACGCUAUUUGGCAUCACACUGUUUGCGGUUGAGGAAUACAUCAUUCUUCAUGUUCUUCAUGUUCGUGACGCUGGCGGAUCCAUGGUCAUCCACACUUUCGGAGGCUACUACGGUCUGACAAUAUCAUGGAUUCUUUACCGACCGAAGCUCGACCAAAGCAAGCAUCUGGGCAGCUCUGUCUACCACUCUGAUGUCUUUGCUAUGAUCGGGACCCUCUUCCUCUGGAUGUUCUGGCCCAGUUUCAACUCUGCCAUCUCAGAUCAUGGCGAUGGUCAACACCGGGCGGCCAUAAACACAUACCUUGCUCUGGCUUCCUCUGUACUGACUACAUUUGCCAUUUCCAGCCUUUCUGCCAAGAAGGGAAAACUGGACAUGGUACAUAUCCAGAAUGCAACUCUGGCUGGGGGCGUCGCGAUGGGGUCAGCUGCCGAGUUCAUGAUCUCGCCCUACGGUUCUCUCAUCGUGGGCUUCGUGUGUGGGAUCCUUUCCACGUUCGGCUACCUGGUGCUCUCUCCCUUUAUGGAGAAGUACCUGAAGAUCCAAGACACCUGUGGCAUCCACAACCUGCAUGCCAUGCCCGGUGUCCUCGGAGGAGUUAUAGGUGCCAUCACAGCGGCUGCUGCCAGUGAGAGUGUCUAUGGACGCGAAGGGUUGAUAAACACCUUUAAUUUUGAAGGGAAGUAUGCUAAAAGGACACCUGCCACGCAAGGAGGCUACCAGGCAGCUGGUAUUUGUGUUGCUCUCGUUUUUGGAAUCGUAGGUGGAAUUGUAGUAGGUUGCAUCCUGAGACUGCCAUUCUGGGGAGACCCAGCAGAUGAUAACUGCUUUGAUGAUGAGGUGUACUGGGAGGUGCCUGAAGAUGAGGAGAGCAUCCCUCCCAUUCUAGAAUACAACAGCCACAUGGUUGGCAAAAUGUCAGAUACUAACUUCUCUGUGGAACAAAGCUAAUGCAAUGAAGGAAUCCACAAUGUCUUUAUGACACAAGAAGCAGCACCUGAUCACAUCAUAUUUGAAAAAACAAAAAAA